CGCGUCAAAUUAAUCCCAGCGAACUCCAGACUCCCCGGGAUCACUCCAAUUUGCUUUUAUCGGAUGAAGAUCACUUUGGUCAUUGUACCUCGCAGUCACUUGCUUCCAAAAAAGAAGGGGCACGCGGCACUCGGAGGAGAUUUUAAGAAGUCUAUUUUUCCUCAUCUGUCGCUCAUUCCUCCCUCUCCCUUCCCUUCCCUUCCUUCGCUCGGACGCGUUCAGCCAUUUGAAGCAGCACCUAUAUUUCCAAGCAUCUUGAAACGUAUAGGCAAAUGGAGCAAACCUAUGGAGAGGUGAACCAGUUAGGCGGCGUGUUUGUGAAUGGGCGACCCCUGCCCAACGCCAUACGUCUGAGAAUAGUGGAGCUGGCUCAGCUUGGGAUCAGACCCUGUGAUAUCAGCCGGCAACUCCGAGUAUCCCACGGAUGUGUGAGCAAGAUUUUAGCGAGGUACAACGAAACGGGCUCCAUUUUACCUGGUGCUAUCGGAGGAAGCAAACCACGGGUCACGACGCCGAACGUGGUGAAAAACAUCAGGGAAUACAAACAGGGAGACCCCGGGAUCUUUGCCUGGGAGAUCCGGGACAGGCUUCUGGCAGACGGAGUUUGUGACAAGUACAAUGUCCCGUCGGUUAGCUCGAUCAGCCGGAUUUUACGCAACAAGAUUGGAAAUCUAUCCCAGCCCAACCAGUAUGAGAGCAGCAAGCAAGCCUCCGCGCAGGCCGGGCUCUCCUACAACCACAUAUACCCCUACUCCUACCCCAACGCCAUGUCGCCCACUGGCACCAAAAUGGGCAGCCCUCCUGGAGUACCAGUGACAGCCGGCCAUGUGAGCAUAUCCAGGGCCUGGCCCUCUGCACACACCGUCAGCAACAUUCUGGGCAUUAGAGCCUUCAUGGAUCCUGCAGCCAUUGCUGGGACGGAGGGAUAUCCGCCAAAAAUGGAGGAGUGGAGUAGCGUCAACAGAGCAGCUUUCCCUGCGGCUCACACAGUCAACGGCAUUGACAAAUCAGCCAUUGAUGCGGACAUAAAAUAUGCACAGCCUUCCUCAACAUUGUCCAGUUAUGUUCCAGCGUGUGCUUACUCUCCCUCCAACCAGUACGGGGUGUACAGCGGGCCAGCAGGCGGCUACGUGGCCCCGGGCCACCACCACUGGCAGCCGCAGAGCCCGGUCCUGUCCCACCCAGGCAGCGGGAUGACCAUGCACGCCGGGGAGAUCCACUCGCCGAUGGCCUUCAAGCAUCCAGCCCGAGAAGGAGACAGAAAACCGCCCAGUCCCCUAAGCAAGCAGCAGCAGCAGCAGCAGCAUGACGCCUUGAAUAGUGUACAUGGACUCAGUCUGCCUACCUCAUCAUCAUAACCAGGACUUUAAUCACCAUAAUUACCAGACCCAUUUAAUUGAACGCAUUUCAAGAACUCCAACAGUAAGUGCGAACACUAUUAACGAUUUGUUUCCCCGCGUGUUUGUACCUUACAGCCAAGAGAGUCAAAAGAAAAUCCUAUUCACAUGCAUUAUGAGUACAAUAGCCUUUAACCUUUAUCGGUCUAUGGCCAAAUGAAUGUAAGCUUAUAUGGAUGUAUUGGUGUCCCCCCUCAUGCAUGGACAAAGGUGGCUGGUAAUUUUAUUUUUCCAUGUAUAGCCUAUAUUCUGUUAUAGAGACUACAGGAUCGAAAUACAUUUUGUCAGUCUGUCAUUGAUGUUUCAUGCUAAAGUCUAAAAUCAAGGGCUCACCCUGAUAAUGGGUCUAUUCUGUAAUCCGUCUUUAAUUCUGUUAUUUCGAUUGGUUUGCCAUGAUCUGGAUUUUUUGCAGUGACCCAACGACGUGAACAAAGAGAAUAAUUGUAAAUGUAAAAUAUUUGCCAAAGCUUUAAU